CGAGGGUGGGGCUCACUUUGAGACGCAAACAACUUUUAAAGAAAAGAGAGAGAAUCAUGGAGUCUGUUUAUCCUGGAGGAGAAGGAGAGGAAGGCCCGAGCUAUUGCUACCUCAAUGAAGCUGGGAUCAAGCAGUAUAAAAAACGCAUUGGAACUGAGGAUAAUCUGCGUGGAGAGUUUGCUGAAUUUGCCUAUGUUGAUCUUCCAGCCCACAAGGCAGCCUUUGAGGGAAAUCUUGGAGCUCUUGAGGCCAUCUUUGUGUGGAAGAGUGACGCAGGCGUCCCUUCUUGCGAUAAAAUGUCCGCCACUCCUUUGCACAUAGCAGCUAAAAACAAUAGAAUUGAUUGUUUAAAGUGGCUCUUAAAGUUCACUAACCUGUCAGUACUAGAUCAAGCUGAUCAUGGAGAGACACCAGUUCAUGUUGCAGCAGCUCUUGGUCAUCUUGAGUGUGUGAAGGUAAUGAUGGCUGCUUCUGACAGAAGCACAAAGGACUCACUUUGUGUCGUACAAGAUAAAACAGGUUUUACUUGCUUACUGUUGGCAAUAUCGAAGCAACAGAAUAAAGUUGUCAAGUUGCUUUUGGCUGAGCUUGGGAUCAAAGCUGCUGAUUCCAUCAAUAUUAGUGGCAUCACUGCAGCUCAUGUUGCUGCAUCAUCUGGUAAUGUUGAAGCUCUGAAGUUGAUUAGCAGCAAAAAUAAAGGACUUUUACAUCAAGUAUCAGGAGAUGGAACAACUCCAGUUUAUUUCAGUGCCCAAGAAGGCAAACUUGAUGCAAUGCGAUUUCUACAUGAGACGGCAAAAUGUGACAUCUCCAUUCCUGCUGGAGACAACUUGAAGCCAAUACAUGCAGCAGCACAAGCAGGUCACACCAGCAUCGUGAAGUAUAUUGUGGCAAAGCUUGGAAUUGACACUAUCAUGGAGCCUGUACCUGAUGGUGGGACUCCAUUACAUUUUGCUUCAACUGCUGGUAAGCUUAAAACGGUGCGCUGGAUUGUCAAUAAUGACAUGACUGGUCUUGUGGUAUUUGCAAAAGAUGAGAUUGGAGACACUCCUGCACACGAUGCAGCAGAAGCCGGUGAAGUGGAAGUACUAAGAUUCCUACUUGACAAUGGAGCAAACUUAAUGCAAAAGAACAAGAAUGGUGCCACUAUCUACUCAAAUGCUCUUGGCUCUAACAAUCCUGCAAUGGCCGAGUUUGUUGCCACUUACUCCAGGGUCCCAUCAAUGGUUUUACCAGAUGGUCCUAUAGAAACAGAAGUUAUUGAUCCAGAAGAUGAAGCACCUCAUGUAGCUGGUGCCACUAAUGAAAUUGAGAAGCAGAAUCCUGACGAUCAGUUAUUAGAAAACUCUCAUGAGUAUGCAACAGUAGAUGAGAUUAAAGAGAGCGAGAAACAAAGCUCUAGGAAACACAAAUCCCGCGGGUUCUCACAGUCAAUUCAAAAUGCUCUACGUCCACUGAGAAGAAAGAAGUCAGCUCCCAGCGAGAUAAACUCAGACUUUGGAGAGAUAGGAUUCAAACCUACCACUCGCUCAAACCCACUCUCAAAGCUCAUGUCAAGCGGAGGAGGAGGCAACAAGGAGAAGAAAGGAUCAAGCACCCCAGCUGCUCCACCUUCAACACCUGCUACUUACACCAGUGAAGACGUACAAGAUAUCAAUGAAUUGGAUGGUGUUUACUCAACAGUCGAUCAAGAAGUUGUGAAAAAGAAGAGAAGCAAAAAGAAAAGCAGUGGCAGUGAAGAGCCUCCUCCGAUUCCUGAUCAAAAUUUUGGCGGGAUAGCGACAGCUGAUGGUUCACUCUCUCACCUCUCUCUUUCAUCAUCAGCCGACAGCAAUGCAACAGGAAGCAAGAAAACAUCUCCAUUGAGAGGAGAGAAAUGGCCACAUGGUUUUAGAUUAGGUGAUGACUCCAUCAUGGUGACAUCGUCUAAUGGAAACAAGAAGAGCGGCGGACAUGAAGUGAAAAAAGAAAAAGUUACGCCUGCAAAAAGUAAAACUCUCGACCAACAGCCUGCUCAAGGAUGGGUACAAGAUGAUGAUGAUGAUGAUGAUGGUGAAGGAAUAUCUAUGAUAUAAUAAUAAUUAUAGCACAUGAUACUGCAACUGUACUGUACUACUACAUUGACACCUUAUAUUUAUACAAUACACUGUAAUGAUCAUAUAAUAGAUUAUUAUAUUAACAUCCCUUUUGUUGUACAUGCUACUCAACAAGAAAUAAUGGUAA